AUGGCUACCGUAGGGUUCCCCGCAAUUCGAGCAUGCAUCUUCGACAUGGAUGGACUUCUCAUCAACUCAGAAGACAUGAUCACUCUAUCUACGACCCUACUACUUGAAAAGUAUGGAAGGCCACCUUUUACCAGUUCAAUCCGGGCCCAGCUCAUGGGUAUCCCAGAUUCAACAAACGGCGACUUGUUCCACAGCUGGGCCAAGUUACCCAUCUCUCGUGAGCAAUGGACGCGUGAAUCUGCGGAACAAAUGCGACUACAUUUCUCGAACUGCGUGCCAAUGCCGGGUGCCGAAAAGCUUUUGUACUGUCUUAGCCAUGCCCAUAGUGCUUCUUCCGGUGAUCGAAUUGAGCUGGCGUUAGCAACCAGUGCGAAACGGGAGAGCUACGAAGUAAAGACUUCAAGACCAGAAACUAAACGACUGCUUAACUUCUUCCAGUCAGAUAGGCGGAUCCUAGGUGAUGAUUCGCGGGUGCCAAAGGGCCGGGGAAAACCAGCACCUGAUAUUUAUUUAGUCGCAUUGCAGGUGUUGAACUCGGCAAUCGAGCCUGGCGAAAAGUGCAUUUUGCCUAGCGAAUGUUUAGUUUUCGAGGAUAGUGUGGCUGGAAUCGAGGCCGGAAGACGAGCUGGAAUGAGGGUUGUUUGGGUGCCGCAUCCAGAUGUAGCUGUCGAGUACCAGGACAAACAAAAGGAUGUGCUAGCUGGAAGGACGGGAAUGUUCAAGGUUGGAGCCGAAGGGCAGCUUGGAGAGAUUGAUGAUGGCUGGGCUGAGAGUAUACCAACAUUAGAACAUUUUGAUUACGAGAAGUACGGCAUUGAUGUUCCGGUUUGA